AUGCUCGGCCACAACCAGAACGUUGUUUACCAGGUAAAUACGUUCUAUAACGAAAAAGUUCAACAACGGAAAGCUCGAGUAACAAAGAAUGUUCACAGAAUCGCAAAGGUUGUUCAGGAAAUCUUGAAAGAAGUUGAAGCACAGGAACCAAGAUUCAUCAAUACUCUCACUGAAACUUCUACUGGUAGAUUUGACGGGAUUGUGGUACAUUCUCCAUCUGAAUAUGAAGCAGUUCUAUAUCUUAACCAAAUGGGUGUCUUCAAUUUCGUGGAUGAUGGAACCAUUCAAGGUUGUGCCGUAUUAAAGCUGAGUGAUGGUCGAAAAAGAUCCAUGUCUUUAUGGGUGGAAUUCAUAACGGCUUCGGGAUAUCUUUCGGCUCGAAAAAUUCGUCACCGAUUCCAAAACAUUGUUGCCCAAGUUCUCCAGACUCCACAAUUUAGCGAAUACUGUAAACUUCUACAAGACAACACUGAUGUACGAGUAAGAGUGGAUGAUAAGUACACGGUUCAAAUCACUUGUGCAUUUCGAUGUAAUGGAAUUUGGCCUAGAUCAGCCAGUCAUUGGCCUUUAGCUGGUCUACCAUGGCCGAAUACGGCAUUGGCUAAUCAAACAAAAGCAGAAGGAUUCGAUCUGACUAGUCGAGAAACUGCAAUUACUCAGCAUAACAAUCCGAAUAAACAGGCUAGCACAAUGGAAGCGGACGCUUGGGCAAUGAAGAUGCACGGAGCCGAGAACAUGCUCCUGACUGGAGGCAGACAGAAAACUUUGAGCAUUCUGAAAUGCCUACGAGAUGCUCAUAUGGACUUUCCUGGGACACCAGUAACGAACUAUAUCCUGAAGACUCUUGUUCUGUACGAAUGUGAGAAGCACUGUAGUGAGUAUGAAUGGGAAGACACAAACAUUGGAGAUCGUCUCGUUGGUGUUCUCCUACAACUUGUCAGCUGUCUCCAAUGUCGCCGAUGUGCUCAUUAUUUCCUCCCAUCGUUGGAUUUACUCCGUGCAAAACCAACCCACACAAUCGAACAUUCUGCCAAACUCACCUGGCACCUUGUUCGCAAACUUAUGAUUGACCCGAAUGCUUUGCAAACUUUAUGA